AUGUCAGCAGCAUACUCAACAAUGAACGCCCAAUUAUGUACCUUGAGCAAUGAGAAUUGGAACCUAGCACAACCCAAUGCACAACUGACAUCAGCAAUGACCAAUAUGAAUGGAGAGAUAAACCUAGAUAUCUUAAUUCAAGGAAUGGAUCCAUUAGCAGCAGAACAAAUAGUACAAUAUCUCACAGACCAAUUGGACUUACCAAUGGAGAAUACCUGGAUGAACCAUUUAGACCAGGAACAAUCCAAGGAAUCGAAUAUACUGAUGAUGGAGAAUUACUCAUCUUCUGAGAAAUCAAAUGCCAGUAUAAGGCCCCAAGAGUUGAGCAAUCCAGUCCAAUCCACGGAUCCAAUCAUGAAUCAAAAUCAGUCCAGCAUAAUCAACAACCAACACAGAAUAUGA